UGCUUGUAGGUUCCUGCUAUUUGAAACCUUGCAAUGUAACCAUGGUUACCGUCAACAAUAGAUUCAUCCAGGGGGGACAGCUAGAAACACGUUUUGUGAGGCGCUAAUAUAACCCAUUUUUCCGCCAUGGCCUUACCUUUUCUACCCGGAAAUUCUCCAAAUACACACGUAAGUACUGAGAAAUUCCACAAAUCCCAACAUUUCGACUACUCGAGCGGCGUUCCUUCGGAGAAGCCGGGCAUCGGAGGCGAGCUGUUGCCGGGACGGCGGCUCAAAGGCAAAUCUUCCGUCUAUCCCAAAGUAGCGACGGGCGGUUUGCCGCCGUGGCUCGCCUUUGACAAACAGGCGCUGCGCUUUGAGGCGUACUUCCAGGAAGCGGUGCCGGAGGCUCCCGACGAGACCGACAGAAUCCGGACGUGUCAAAUCUACUUUUACCCGGAAGAUGAUACCAUACGAGUGGUCGAGCCCGAGUACAAAAACAGUGGACUUCGUCAAGGGACUCUGAUUCGUCGCCAGCGCAUCCCACUGCCGCCCCCCAAACACGAGCGCUUCUACGACGUCUUCCACUUUAACCUCAACCGCCAGAUGGCGCUGUUCUCGCGCACCUUCACGGUGACCGACUGCGACCGGUUCACCAGGAACUUUCUCACCAAAUGCGGCGUCCUCCUCAACGAACCGGUCGCUGUGCCCCAAGACCCCUACCGUCGCCUCCGGGAGAAGAUGGAGAAGAGCGUGAGUCCAUUGCGGCCGUACGAGAGGCGAGACACCCUCAAGCAGUUCUUGGAGCACGACGGCAAAGUGCUGCGCUUCUUGUGCUUGUGGGACGACGAGCGGGCGGCGGGCGGCGACCCGCGCGAGCUGCUGCUGCGCUACUUCGUGGCCGACGACAGCGUGGAGAUCCGCGAAGGCGGCAGAGGCGCCGCCGCCGCCGCCCCGUUCCUCCGGCGCGGCAAACUGCCCAAGCGACCUCGGAAGCACUCCAAUCUCCCCGGGCAGCUGAGCGACCGCGCCGUGCUCAACGCGCUGGCGUCCGGCACGCGAGGAGACCGCUUCGUACCGGAUGGCCGCAAAACGGGCGCCAUCCGCGAGGAGUUCUACAAGGACUGCGAUUUGACGCUGGGCGGCGAGCUGAACGUGUGGGGCAGGAAAGUCGUCAUCGCCGACUGCGAUGACUUCACGAAAGACUUCUACCGCUCCAAGUACGGCAUAGAGCACUUCGAGCCGGUGCGGUACAAAAGUCCGGCGGCCCCCGAGCCUCCCGGACCGGUCCCUCCUUAUAACGGCUUCGGCUCCGAGGAGGACUCGCCCAAACCCCCGCAGAAGGAUCUCCUCAAAUUCCUGCAAUACGACAGUGCCAGUAUCAAUGUUCGCGUCAAGGUUUCUAUUUUGCUGUGCCUCGCGCUCGACUGCAGAAUCAAACCCCGAACCUCACAGCGGACGUGCGAAGCGGUCGUCGUCCUCGGCGCCGUCGCGGUGGUAAAGUACCAACUUGAGCUCAAGGAAAACGCGGCAGCUCGUAAGCUCGUGGCUGAUAGCGUCGCCGAUAUGGCGGCCUCGCAUCUGCCGCUGGAAAUAUUUGCAAUGUCGAUGGCCCAGCCUGGACCGCUCGGGUUGUGUCUCGCCUUUGCUUCGGCGCCCGUAUUACGCGAAAAGUGUUUUUGUUUUGCUCCCAGAUGCGGCCUCGAGAGUCAUGUGCUCAAGUUCUACGCCAAGAUGGUGAGCAGCAGUCAAGCGGACAGCGACAGGGAGUUCAUCGUCUCCUUCUACCUGAGCGACGACACCAUCGGCGUGUUUGAGCGCUCCCAGAAGAACUCGGGCGUGUUUCUGUCGCGCCGUCGCGUCAAGAAGCCGGGCCGGGAGUGGUUUAAGAAGGAGCCCUGCCGCUACUUCGGCGCCCCAGAUCUGCACGUCGGGGCCACCCUCGGCCUGAACGAGCGGCGAUUCCGGCUGCUGGAUGCUGACGAGUACACCCUCGACUACAUGGAGCGACACGCUGAGCAGUUCCCCAAAGCCAAUAUAGGCGCCAUCCUGGCGAAACUUCGCUCCAUUCCGGAGGAAAAGCAGCGAGAGAUCAGGAACUUCCUGACCCUUAGCGAUCCUACCGACACCGGAUUCGUCACCUUUGACUCCUUCAGGGGCCUGCAGACGGCGACGGAGUGCGGGCUGAGCGAGCACGAGCUUUUGGUCCUGGGCCGCUCUUUCGCCGAGCGCCGGCGGCCCGGAGCGGACGUCGGCCCGACGCCGGCCGAGGCCCGGCGCGUCCUCGAGAGGAAAAACUUCGAGCGGCCGCCCGACGUGGCCGGCGCGGACCGGCUGGAGCGUCCCGCUCCCCCGGCGAUGCCCGACGACAUCGCGAAGUUUGAUGUGAAGCUCCGACGCGAUGCCAGCGGCGGGAAAAAGAUCAAUUACUCCUCCCUGCUGCGGGAAGCGUUCCCCGCCGUCUCCGGCGCGGCCGACCCGUCGACGUAGAUCAGUUAACACGAGAAGACGAACGAGCGCGCGUGAGGAUGAACAUCCCAAAAAGCGGGUCGACUUUCAAACCGAACCGCAUUCCAGGUCAAGGUGGCUCGCGCGAUGACCACGAGCUCGGAAUUGGAACGGAGCUUCCGCCGUUCCUGAUUUUGUGGCUUUUACGAGCCGGAAGCCCAAAUGAUGUAAAAAUAAACAAAUCAAUACUUGAAAUGAUGGACCCUGAAUCUGAAUCUAUCUGAAUA